AUGGAAUCACAGGGCUAUGAUGGCUGGUGGUGGCCGCCGCAGCGACCAUGGGCACCUCAGCCCGAUAGAUUACAAGAUGCGCUGGGUUGGAUAACAGCCACCGUUGAAGCGGAUCUGCGCCUCCCACUGGAGUAUACCGUGGAAUUCACACUUCUCCCAGAGUCGUGGUUGGAACUGCAACAAGACGCCAACUUUCAGGUGUGCAAACGGAGAUUAUUUCGAGCCUCAUUCGAUAGCUCACGCUCUGUUGUCACUAUCAUGGCCCCUCGACCCCACAGACACCGCGCCGUGGUCAGAUUCCUUGCCGACCUCGCGCGCAAGACUAUAUCGGACCGGAGACCUGAUCUUUCGCCUAUGCUGCUUGUCCCACAAGGUGAAGAUAUGAUGCGUGAGUUUGAGGGAGAAUACAAGUCAUCACAAAUACAGCCGGACGUUUGGAUCCAUUUGCCUUCCGCUCCUUUCACCAAGCAAGGUCACACCAUGGUCGAGGUCGGUGUUUAUCAGCCACUCAAAAACCUCCGGGCUCUAGUGCCGCUAUACAUGAAAGGAUAUUCAAGUAUUCAACGCGUCAUACUGGUCAAAAUCACAGAGACGCCAGUGUUCAGCCAACUGGCUUGGGUAUCAAUCGAACGCCCGCAACGCUUCGACUUCUCUCAGGACUUUCGGAAAGAGUUUCGGAAAGACAUGGAAACGGGUGAGUUUUGGUUCGGCGACGUCAGGCUGACAGGAAAGAUCGAGUUGUUUUGGGAGGUGUGGGAACGAAAUGCCACUGGUGAUGCAGAGAAGACUUUCGAGGAGUGGGUGGAGUACGGAUCAGCCCCGUCGAGGAACCUACCUUUCAUUCACAUCUCAGGAAUGGAGGUUCCUAUUACGCCGGAGAUGAUGAAAGGGUUCUGGAAUGAUUAUUUUGAUUAUGGGAGUAUGAAGGAUGCUUUCAAACGCGCGUUUGAGUCGUUAGAUGAAUUGUGGCAGCCAUAG